CGAUAUCACGUUUUUUUUCCUCCUCUCCUUCUUUCUGCCCCCAGUACCGGUCUGUCUCGGUUUCGUUCUGUUCCCUACAGUCUCGGUUUUCAGUGUCCGGAUACGUCUAUUGUAUUAAAGGACAAUCAUGUCUACAAAAGUAUACGUUGGCAAUUUGAGUUGGAAUACGACCGAUGAUUCCCUCCGUCAAGCCUUUUCUCAAUUUGGCACGAUCCUUGAUUCGAUCGUCAUGCGUGACCGCGAGAGCGGCCGUUCUCGAGGAUUUGGGUUUGUGACCUAUGGGGACCCCCAGGAAGCUCAGGGAGCUAUUGACGGUCUCCAUGAGCAAGAGCUCGAUGGCAGGCGCAUCAAAGUUAAUCUAGCUAACGCUCGAGGCGGCGGAGGCGGCGGUGGAUACUCAGGCGGCGGUGGAAGCUAUGGUGGUGGAGGCUACAGUGGUGGAGGAGGCUACGGAGGAGGCGGCUAUGGCGGUGGCCAAGGUGGUUAUGGCAGUGGCCAAAGUGGCUACGGCGGUGGCCAGAGUGGCGGAGGAUAUGGAAGCGGAGGUUACCAAGGUGGAGGCUACAGCGGUGGCUACUGAAUCAUGUUGCCACCUACUGCCACCUCAAGCUGAUAUGUUUUCUUCAAUUUUCUUUAUCUCAUUUUCCUGUCCACCGCGGUCGCGCUGUAUCUACUAAUGUAGUCCCCUGCCAUCGUUGUCUGUUCUUAUCCCUCACAUGCUCCUUACCAUUACCACUCCUUGCACGUCGUUUUUGUUCGUUGGUGACUCGGUUUCGGCUUGUGUACUAUUACUUGUACUUACUUGGUUCCCCUCGCAUGGGAUGUAUGGCUGUAUUAUUUGCAACAAAUGAAGCUGCUUGAAUGGUACUUGACUUGGUUGAUGUUUGUUCAU